GGGUGGUGAGGAAGGGGGGUCGCUGAGCCCUGCUUUGGCCAAUGGGGCACGGUCAUUAGGGCUGACCAGUAUGGACCCCGGCAUAUAAGAAGGGUCGUAUGGCACCAGAGAAACCACAUCACUCAGAGGUCGCCCCCUCACAGAUCUCCUACAACCACACAAAUCCAACCAAUCAUGGACGUAUUCUCUACAUCCCAGAUCUUCUACGAUAGCACUUGCGCCUCAUCGCCUGAAGAGUUCGGCCCUGGAGGGGAACUGGCCGGGUCUGAAGAGGACGAGCACGUCCGGGCCCCCGGGGCCCUGCACCAGCCAGGUCACUGUCUGCAAUGGGCCUGCAAAGCUUGUAAGCGCAAAGCCAGCACUGUGGACCGCCGGAGAGCCGCCACUAUGAGGGAGCGCCGCAGGCUGAAGAAGGUGAACCAUGCGUUUGAGGCGCUACGACGCUGCACGUCGGCGAACCCCAGUCAGCGUCUUCCCAAGGUGGAGAUCCUGAGGAACGCCAUCCAGUACAUCGAAAGCCUUCAGGAGCUCCUCAGGGAACAAGUGGAGAACUACUACAGCCUGCCAAUGGAAAGCAGCUCUGAGCCGGCCAGCCCCUCCUCAAGCUGUUCUGAAAGCAUGGUUGACUGCAAUAGUCCUGUAUGGCCUCAAAUGAAUCCAAACUUUGGAAACAACUACAACUUUGAAGCACAAAAUGCUAGCGCAGUGGACAGAACUCCAGGAGCGUCCAGUUUGCAGUGUCUGUCCAGCAUUGUGGACAGGCUGUCUUCUGUAGAUACAGGAGUUGCAAUGGGAAUGAGGAACAUGGUUGCUCUCUCUCCAACUGGAAGUGAUUCCCAGUGCAGUUCUGCAGACAGUCCCAGCAACAGACCAGUCUACCACGUCCUGUGAGAGAGAGCGAGACACUCCAGCUUGGAUAUCUGCUUCCACAGAACGCUCUGCAGAAUCUGAAUGUCUGCUAUUCACAUUGCAUGCUCAUUUAUGAAGUAUUUUGGAUGAUUUGAUAAUGCUUUCAGAUACCAAUAAGAAUGCAGUAAUUAAAAACCUCUAUAUAGCACAAUGACAAAGACUUGCCCUCAAACUCUUACGGCUAAAAGUGCAAAACAAAUCUUUAGCUCUGUCUAGGCUUGGUUAUAAUAUGUAGUCAUGCUUUAAAAAAGCCGUACUAUCCAUAAAAACUUUGUCAUUGUAUAGACAGUGGAUCUUUUUACCAUGUUGACUGACUGUACAGCUGAACUACAUUGAAAUUGGUUUUAUUUAUCAAUAAUAAUCAUUGAGGUACUCAGUAAUUGCUGUUUUGUAAUAUUAGCCAACUCAGUGUUAUCCACGACCUACCAUUCUCUGUGUUGUAAAUAAGAUUGUACAUAAUUUAAAUGACUGUUAUUGUAUUCGUGUAAUGUUGUUUCCGUCAUAUUUAAUGAACAUUCUUGCAUAAAAUGACUUUUUCAUCAAUAAUAGAUUUCGAAAAGUUGUAUUUAAUGAUACUAUUUGUCACUAUUUGACUUGAAAUGAGGAAUUGAAUCCUCGGAUGCUUUUUGAAAUGCGUCUCUCGGUAAAUGUUGACUGCAGCUUGGUCCCAAUCAUACGCCAUUUGUCAGCUGCUAGAAAAUCAUGGGUGUCAGAGGAGGACAGUUGAUAGUGUGAUGAGUUGGAUGUUAAAAAAGAGAGAGAAAGAGAGGAAAUGAGCUCUGUGUGCCUGUUUGCUUAAUGUAACAAAUGUUACACAUCAUUCACACCUUCUUAAUACCAUUGUCAUGAACAAAUGGCCACAUGCUGACACUU